UGACACUAAUAGAGUUGUUUCGAAAUAACAUUUGCAAAUUCAAAAUUUAAAAUUUAUACGCAUAUCUCUUUUAACACUAAUAUAAAAUUGCGAUACUAUGUGAAAUAUCAAAAAUAAUUAGAUAUCCGUCUAUUUAUUUACCUUCCACGCUUGCAUGCAGGGUUCUUUCUCUUAGACAAUUUAUUUCCAAAAUUUCAUGCCAAAUAUCUACACAAGACAAGGUUAGAGUUCGAAUUUCCUUUGAGUACACAAAGAUAAUUAUCCAAUACUUUACGAUUUAUCUUUUUGAUAAAUUUAUAAUCGAUUUCAAUAUAAAUUGCAUUGCAGCAAUAAUCUGCAGAUCGAAUUAUAGUAUGACGGAAGGUAGCAGCAAGAAGCAAAGAUGUGAUAGAGUUGUAGCAAGUCAUGACUUGAACAGAAAGCCAAGGUUUAGAUGGACAGUGGAACUUCAUGAGAUGUUUGUUAAAGCUGUUAAUGAGCUAGGAGGUCCUUAUGAUGCAACACCGAAGAAUAUUGUGAAACUCAUGGAUGAUGAAGAUAUCACACCAGAACAUAUCAAAAGCCAUCUUCAAAAGUAUAGACAGAGUAAAGACAUCAGCAGCACCACUAGAAGUAGUAGUAAAGGCAAGUGUUAUGCUACUAUUACAUUAUAUAUUUUUGGCAAAAUCAACUGAUUUUGAGCAGCUUAUAAAUCUUUAAUACAAUGUGGAAAAACAUGCAGGAUCAGCGAAGAAGUAGGCUCGCGGAUUUCUAGAAUGACAUGAUCAAAGAGAGAGCGGCUCAACAAAUUUAAUAAUCUUAAAGUCAAAUUUUAAUACAAAACUUUUUUUAAAAAAUUAAGAAGAGAACUUAUG